AACAUUAACAGUGAAUGGCCAUGGCGCAAGAAGAAGACAUACGCCAAGCAUAGCAUAACGAGACUCGAGAGUUUUAGAAUUUACUUGCAAAAACUCGAAAAAAUUGGAGUGGACGAUGGAAAUUUGGGAAGAAAAAUAAAUUAUUUUGUGUAAACAAAUAGAAAAUACAUAAAUAUAGGCAGAAGUGCCUAUACAAACAAAAGGUUUUAAGAUUAGAGAAAUUUUCUGUACUUUUGCAAAGCCAAUAUGGCAGCAUUAAAUAUUAAGCCUUUAACUGGAGUGGGAGGAGGUACCACCAAUCUUCUGUCCAAUCUACCGGCCACGGCCGAAAAGAAUAAACAAUGGCAACGAGAGUUGCUAAUGGAACGAAUACGUUCCCAUUCGUCACAGCACAAAACCUUUCCGGAACUCUCCAAGGCCAUGCGUAUGGGUAUGCUGGAAAAACGUUAUCCCCUAGACGCUGUGGAAAAAGCUAAUUUGCAAAAAUGUCUGGACAAUAUGCAGCACUGUAUUAAGGUCACCUCGCGACAGGGUUUGGUGGAGAGAUUAGAAAGUUUGUCACGUCAAUUGAGUUUGAAAUUUUCCGACGACUCAAAGGCUUUGUUCAUUUCAACGGAUAUGUUCUAUUUGGAGAUUUUGUUGGACUCCAAUGGCUCGCUGACAGAUGUCAAGGUUCAUCAUGAAUCCAAAGUGGAACAACAAUCCUGCAGUGAAUUGGUGGAUUGUUUAAAUCGUGGUGAUUUUGCCGAUUUCACAGCCCAACUGGAGGGGUUUUCUUCGAUCUAUCAGCUAAAUGCUGAAUCGAAGGUGAAAAUAAAGGCCUACGAUGCCAUGCAGGCCAUGGAAACGGAUUUGUAUAAUAUUUUCCAAAUGCAAAAUUUCUCUAAAGAUGCUGCCCAGAUUUUGCAAGAUUCUGCAGUGGGCAUUGUAAUGCAGCGACGUGGAGGCCAUCCCAUGAGAUUGGUGUAUUUUGUGUCUCCCUAUGACUUGAUAUCGGUGGAAAGCAAGACACUUCAACCCAUAACAUUGGAUACAUUUAACAAUAAAAGUAUAGGAUUUAGUGUGACAGUCAAUCUGGAAGCUUCCUCGGCCAACAAACUGCAAAUAUUGCCCACUGUGACGUUAUCAAAAGAUCCUCAGACUGGCAUGGAUAUGCCGGCAUUUGCUCCAUUGACCCAAAUGAACUCCAUGCUAUUGCCGGCGACAUUUGUGUUGCGAUUAAAUAAACCUUUGCCGGUGUGCUAUAACACGCUAAGGGCCAUGGGGUUGUGUCCGGCGGCUGGAAAUGAAAAUAGUCCUUCAAUGUCCACUUCCCUUGAGUCGCAAAAUAAGCCACCGGUUGUAAGCAAUAUUAUGAGUUUGAUAAUACAAACCGCAUCGGAUCAACAGACAAAGACCAAUCAAAAGGGUCUCUUUGUCCAUUUGCCAGAUCAAACGCAUUGUUAUUAUUUCACCGAGAAUAAGUUGAUGAAGUCCACCCUAAUACAUUCGGUGCCCUUUACGGAGCCAUCUCAGGUACACAAGAUUUUGGAAUUUCUAAAGAAAAUGGCAUUGUUUUACUCUCUGCUGGCUAGCUGUGUAAGACCCCAAGCCAAGGUGGCAGUUGAUUUAGAAUCCACCACCGUCUUGGAGGUCAAUGCAAUUUCAUUCCAACAAAUCUCGGUGGCUUUACAACAUCCCUACGAAGAAUCAAUGGCCACGGUGGAAUUCGAUUUACGCAGUGGGAAGCCACAAUGCAGUAUCUAUAGCAUUAGUCACAACUAUGAGCUGUUGUCAAUCAAAUUGACAAGUAUAGCUCAAAAAUGCCUCUCCAUACCGGUGACAAUCCGGGCCCUACUUAAAUUCUGGGAUCAAGAACGUAUGAAUAUGUUUCAACAUAAUAUGGGAGGAACUGCCACCACGGGCAUGGGUAGUAGUGGUCCGAAUAUUUCUGGUGGUGCAGGAGGUGCUGGAUCUGGUGGUGUUGGAACAGGAAAUUUGGGUAAUACCCAUACCUCAUAUGGAAAUUUUAACAUUACCGGAGGUGGAACAAAUGAUCCUGGCGGCGGCGGUGGUGGUGGUGGUAUGCAGCGUAUGUCAAGUGGUUCCAUGCCUGGUGGGGUCAAUAUAAAACUUGAACCCAAUGCCGGCAAUAACCAGCAACAACAGAGGUCUCUGGUGGGGCCUAAUGCUGUUGGUGGUUUAUUACCCCAAAUGUCAACAGCCUCUGCUGCUGCUGCUGGAUAUAUGAAGUACAAAAACCCUGCCGAACUUAAGCAGGAGGAUUUUCAUGAGAGCCCAAAGAGUCAAAUCAACACAACCAUUAAUGCCAACUUGGUGGCCGAGUCAAUGGCUGCCAGCAAUCUAAUGCAAUCUAAUCUCGAAAUUAACUCUUUGGGCCAUCAUCAACAAACAGCGCAACAACAGCAACAAUUGGAACAACAGAUUGCAGAACAUGAAAUUGCCGAUAAAUAUAAAAAUAUUUGGAAAGAUAAAACCACAAGUCUUAAGAACACCGUUAGUAUAACACCCAUAAGUGCGGACAAUACAGCGACAACCACAACAUCGUCACCAUCAUUGGAUGUUAAACGUACGGGAGGUAUAGAAAUAAUACCUUUGGUGGGCCAAGGGAACAACAAUUCUAAUAGUCCCAUAAAUGCGGGAGGUUCAACCACAAUUACCAUAACACCCAUUAAUGCCGGCUCAACGUCGACCUCCCCGGCCCACAAUAACAACAAAGACAAGAAACCUUCCAACUCGCCCUCCUACAGCUCGGGGUCCUCUGGAGGAGCAGUAGUUAUGAACAACAUGAAUUCUUUGGUUGCAAAUAUCAACACCUCAUCCACAUCCACAUCUUCUUCGACCUCUUCCACAUCAUCCAGUAAACGUAAUAUGGAUGGCUCUGCGGAGGGUCAAAAGGAAAAGAAACGUAAAAAACGUAGAGAUGAUUCACCCAUGGGUCCACCAGAAAAAAUCUUUUCUAGGCAAAACUCUCCAGCUGGCUCCAGUGAUGCCUCUGCUGGGUCUAGGAAGUUUCCCUCUCCCUCUUCUUCGCCCAAGGGCUCAUCCGGUGGUCUACUGGCCUCUUCGGUAACGGGUUCAUCUCUCUCAGCCAGGCCAAGCCCUAAACACUCUCCGGUCUAUAGCAGUCCCAAACACAAUACCGCUUCGAAUAGUCCCAAGUCACCGUUUGGUACACAUUCACCCAAACAUGGCUCUUCGGGCAAGCCUAGUAUGUCAACAUUGAAGAGUGCUGCAGCUGCCAGUCCCAAAGGAGAUAAAUCAUCCAACUCAUCGGUGUCCUCAGUUUCGGCAUCAUCUGUACUAAAUAGUGCCGCCUUGGUUCGAUCAAUGGCAAAUUCAAAUACAUCAUCUUCCUCCUGCUCGGCCCUUGGCACUUCCUCCGCGACGGCCAACACCAAUCUUGUGGCAGCUGUAAAAUCAGCCGCUGCAGCAGCUGUUAAAUCUAGUAUGGGUGUUAACUCGGCCCAAAUGCAACAAAUGAAAAAUGUGCCCGGCCUCAGUCUUAUGUCCGCCGCUGCAGCCUCAAAUUUCAGUACUGGCUCUACCGGUUCGAAUUCUGUUUCGGGUUUGGAUUUGAAUUCGGCCAUGCGUAAAGGUGUUACCACUGCGGUUAGUUUGAUGACGUCGACACCAGCUAUAGCAGCAACAACAAUAUCCAAAUCUCCAACGUUGUCGGUGUCGCUGCCGGGGGGCUUGGAGCGGCCGGACAAAGUCAAACAGCCACGGCCACAGGUAACAGUGCCAAUGUCUCACCCUGGCAUCAGUGAGGAGAGAGCCAGUAAAAUGAAAUCCAGCAAUGGCAAUAAUGAAUACAUGGUUAAGACAAGUCAGGAGGGUUUGAAAAUGACCAUCAACAAGACCAGUUCAUCAGCCGCCAAGGUUUCUUCAUCCUCCACAGCUUCCUUGUCAUCAUCAUAUUCAUCCAGCAGUUUGAAUACAAAUAGUAAAUUUUCAUUGAAAACAUCUCAGCGUGGGGGUUCCCCUUCGUUGCAUGUUUCCAGCUCCUCCUCCACUACGAGUUCUGGCAAAAAGCCCCACACAGGUUUGAAACCAGGAGUGUCCAGUGGACCGGCCUCAAAGAAAUCAACCUCAUCAACGGGAAAUUCAUCAAGAUCCUCAUCUAAACACAGCUUUCAAAAGUCCAACUCCUCUGGCAGCCUAAGUACAAAAUCAUCUUCCCCCUCAUCGGGUUUUGGCCUAUCCAAGAGUCACAGUACAAAUUCAUUUGGUGAUUAUCCCAGGAAAUCGUUCAAGAAAUCACACAGUGCUUCCACCUCACCGGCAUUGCCAACACCCUAUACCUCAUCAUCACAUUCCCAGCCGGCCUCACUUUUGGAUCAUCAGGCGGAUAUGUUGAAGAUCCUGCAUUAUGCCUCACCCACAAUGGCGGCCAAUAUGGAGGGCUUUAUGAAGGGCUUAAAUUCAAAAUUUCAAAUACCAAAAUUAUCACAACGUAAUAAUGCAAGUACAACAACAACAACUACAUCAGCCACAAAUAGUAGCACCACUGCCAGCAGUACAACAGCGGAUGCAACACAUCCAGCAGCUGCCAUUAAUGAUAACAAUAAGAAAUCAAAUGCCAUCACCUCCAGCGCUCAAACACAAUCAUCUGUAUCCGUCCACAUACUUAAAUCUCCCGCCACUAAUCAAACACCAUCCUCCUCUGCCACCUCCUUGUUAACUUCUAACUCAAAUAAAUCCACGACAUUGAAUUUCCUACACAAUACCUCGACCUCACCCGCCACAAAGACAUUGGCGUCAAAUGUAACGGCCUCAUCACACAUUGCUGCAGAUGAGUCACCACUAAUGGCAACGUCGGCGGCUGCGGUGCAUUCAACAUCCAAAACCACACCGCCCUUGGCAAGUAAAUGACAAUGUCGUUGCCAGUCACAAUUAUUAAACACCUGCCUGCCAUCUAAACUCGUCCCUCUUUCCCUAUCUAGUAUUGAAUAAAUUAUGCUCUCUUUGUGAUUUCAUUUGUAAUGCCCAAACACUAAGCCAUGGAAUGGAAUGGACUUUUGCAAGGCUUAACUAUGCUGUAUUGCCAUCAUUCCGCGUUCGGACUUAGUUUGUUUUCUAAGGCUGGCUUUCGUUGUUGCUGUUGUGUACUCUGCCUUAAAAAUACAAUUGUUGUUGGUAAUUUUUCUCAUUUCAAAAUCUCAUUAAGAAAAUGUAAAGAAAUUAAGAAGUAAAGAAAAGUGAAAUUUUGUUAUAAGUAAAAAAAAGAAAAAAUUAAAAUUAAUAU